CGUAAACGCUGAUGUGUUACCUUCAUUGAGAUCUCGUUACAGUUGAACUUCAAGCCUGUGUUUGGUAUAACAGUCCAUCUAAAUUGCUCGAAUACUGUACAAGUCGAUGUCAAAAAAGGACCUACUACGCGUACGUGAAGGGAACAGCAGCACAGGGUUAAGGAACUAAUGGCGGUAGGUGGAUCUUUCACCUGCGUAUGUUUCAGACAGGUUGGGCAGACUAGCUGACUGCAUAGGAUAACGAGCCUACUAAGUUUUAUAACAGCAACUAACUCACCUUCAGUUAUGUGUACCUAUUGGCUAAUUAAUUUGAUAGAAUGAUAAACUAAUGUGUAUCAAAGCCAAUUAAUUAGCUUGAGCCAACGUUAGUUAACAAACCCUACACAGCCUGUCUCCAUAUUGAUGCUAGUAAGUUAAUUGCUGGUAAGCUUUCUUAUUUCUGAAGUCCAUGCAAUGUUGACUACACUAACAGCCCACCUUUCUAAUGCACACAGCCCAAAGGUAAGGUCGGCACUAAAGGCAAGAAGCAAAUCUACGAGGAGAAUGAGGGGACACUCAAGUUCUACACCAGAGUAAUCUUGGGAGCUAACGUAAGACAUCAUCUUCCUUGCCAAUGUUACUUUUUGAAUGGAAAUUGUGACUAGUACAGCACCUGACACUUCUUUCUCUCCUAGGCGAUAUACACUGCGUUAAACCUCUUGGUCUUCUAUAGCUCUUCAACGUUUUGGACAUGGGUGAGUUCAUUCUGUGUAUGUUAUUGACAUUGAUGGCUCCUCUACUGUUGAGCAGUGAAACUGGGAUGAUUGCGGAUUACUAACGCUCUCUACUUUAUUUUCUCCCUCUCUCUCGUUCCUCCCUUCUUGGUUUCUCCCCCACGGUCUCAUUCCCCCUGUCUCUCUCUUCUUCCUUCCUCCAUCUCCUUCUCCCACCCCUGUAGUUUGCAAUGGUGUUUGCCCUGGCAGUGUAUGUGGGCAGUUACCGCUCCAUGACUGCCAUGGCCAAAGCAGUGUUUGGUGAGGAUGGGAGUCUGCUGGACGGAGGAAUAGAUCUGAACAUGGAGCAGGGGAUGGCAGAGUGAGUGCUCACACUGCAGGAGUGUGUUUAUUUCCGUGAACAUGAGUGUGCAAACAUACAGUAUGUGUGUGAGAGAAUUGGUGAGUAUUACAGCAUGUUCAAAAUGCGUGUAACAAUGGUGCCCUUAUCUCCCUUCAAGGGUAGAUUUCUCAAAGCUAUAAUGGUAGUGUGGUGCGUUUAUGAUGGAUUCUUUGUCAUUAUAGGCAUCUGAAGGAUGUUAUCCUGCUAACUGCCAUAGUACAAGUGCUCAGCACCAUCUCCUCCUACUUCUGGUACCUUUGGCUACUGGUAAGAGUUUAUCCCAUACUUGCUGUACUCGCUCUCUUUGGUUGUUUAUUUUCCCUUUCUCGUGGCCAUUAUUGAUCUCUUAAUCAAUCUGUGUGUGUGUCAGGCCCCGGCCCGUGCAAUGUUCCUGCUGUGGGUCAACUUCCUAAGCCCCUGGUUUUCGGCCGAGAACUCUGGUGCCGCCCCAGAGGAGGUGAAUGAGAAGAAGCAGAGACGACAGGAGCGCAGACAGAUGAAGAGAUUCUAACUUGGCAGACUGUCGCAUUAUUUCUAUACACAGAAUGAAUCUAAAUACAGACAGCCAGGAACUCUACAGUUAAGUUAUUCAGGAGGAGCUUUUGAUGUGUGCUCAGACGUCCAGGUAUGGAUAAAGAACUGAACCGGACCCUGGGGGUUAUCUGGUUUUCCUCUCGCUCCCUAUCCCUUCAUCCUUCCCUUUCUUCCUCGCCCCUCUAUCCUUAUCCCUCUUUCUUUACAUCUGGAGAGGAAAUCGUCCUUGUUGGGCUGAUGUCAUCAUCAUCACCAAUACAUGUUGUCAUAUACCUUGGCCUGUAAUUUGUGUUUACAUCCAAUUGUUCAUAAUCUAGGUCUAUGUAUCACAUAAAUUUCAUAUGAACUAGUGAAAAGGAUGUGGUGAUUUUACCCUAUGGUAGGCCUUUUAUUUUAGACACUGCUCAUCAGAUCUCACUCUCAUUGCCCAAUUCCAAAUAGACCACUAGCAACUACCACCUAGGUGCUAAUCUAGACCAAGGGGGAACUAUUACCUAACUUUUACAGCUAUUUAUUUCAGAUCUACAUGAAGUGCCUAGGGUUAGGGGCUAGGUGUUGAUUUGGAAUUGGGCCUAUGUGACGAAGGUUGAAAUUAAAUCCGAUUCUGCUUUGUCCGCAAUGCACAGUUUAAAGGCAAUGUUCUCGCAGAGACUACAUUCACUGUUAGUGCUGCAUAUGUCGGCUCAAUCGG